AUGGAAUUAAAAAUUGAUGAGAAGAGUGAUGUCAUUAGAUAAGAGGAAUUUAAAGAUAUUGAUGUUACAAAUUGGUAUGAAUUAGUAGGUAUAAGCAUAUUCCAUCUUAUUUCUAAGCUAUUUUACUAUUGAGUGCAGGAGCAAAUUUUUUAUUGAUUAAGAUUUUUUAGAGAAUCUAAAAUUUAUUUUUAUGGAAAAGAGAGGAUUAAAAAAAUAAUCCAUCUAAAAUGUUAACUGUAAAUUGUUUAUUAGUUAUAACAAUUUUAUGUAAGAAUCAAAAUUAUCAAAGUUAAACUCUUUUCAUGUUAUUAUUCAAUAGCAGGAUUUUUUUUUAGUUAAUUUUGGAAAUGGAAUUGUGACACUUCACUUAAAUAAUAAUUAACAAUUUCGCCAUCAUUUUAUAUAAUCAUAUAAAUUUGUUAAGCAUAAACAUUGAACCUUACAUUUUGUUUUUGCAGUAAUUUAUGGCUUAAACUAUGGAGAAUGAAAUUAAGAAUAGAACAGAAUAAAUCUCUUUUAGGAAUAACUAAUAUUUUAUAAAUAUUUCUUUCCAUAUUAAUAGUCUUAAUUCCUAUUCUUACUAUUGUUUCAUUGAUUUUAGAAACAUAUGUUAAUAACAUUAGAGAAUAUUGUUUAGGUGCUUUAACUAUUUUAAGUACUGUUUCUUUUGCAUUUAUUUGUAUUAUUCUAUAUUCAAAACUCAAAGAUUAAUAUAGUGUUGGUGAUCAUUAUAGAGCUGUAAUUUUUAAUAUAUAUAAAUUUUAGAAUUUAAAAUUUUUAUCAAUAGCAGUAAUAAUUUGUACUUUGCUUCGACCAUCAUUUAAUUUUUUAUUUUCUCAAGAAUUCUUUUGGAAAUUAAAACCUGGAUUACAAUGUCUUGUAAAUAAUCAUAGUAUAACAAAAUUACCUGAUUAAGGUUUUACUUGGUAUAAUAUAUUAAUAUAUAAAUAGGGCAAUCUUUUAAUUAAUCUAUUCUUGUAUAACUGAUUUCACUCCUAUUUAUAUAUUAUCUUUGUUAUUUUCUCCAAAUAUAACAAAAAGAAAGACUUUGGUAAAUGUAAGCGAUGGAUGGGAUACUGGUUUAGAAUGA